AUGGAGGAGCUCACGGACGAGGAAUUCGGAGGCGGUUUGGAGGGCCUCCCCGUCGAAAUCCAACAGUUCAUCAUCACGCUGCUCGUGGGCCACAAGGGCGCCCUCUUCGCUGCCGGCCUCACGUGCCGCCUCUGGCACCUCCUCACCCUCGAGGACAUGGUGUGGCGCAAGUACGCCGUCGAGGAGUGGGGUGCCCUAUUGCCUCACCACCACCACUCGCCUCACGAGCAGCAGCGCCAAGAUAACGACUGGCUCAUGAUGGCGUUCCGCCGCUGGCGCAACCCCGAAGCCGCCAAGGACGCCAAGGAGCACACCACCCGGCGAGACUGGGUGCGCGAGACGGUGACGGAGUUGGCCGCCACUGCGAUGUUCCCCGCCGCGAGAAUUCACACGUGCGUGAGGCGCGGUCUGAAGAAGCCCAUCGAGGAAUGGACGGCCACCGGCCACCUUGUGUCCUCGUUGGUCGUGGCCGCGUGCGACACCGCGGUGCCGGCGGAGAUCCUCAAGUUGCUGCUCGCCACGCCCAAUGCCGUUGGGCAUGAGUUUGCCUGGCUGCACCCCUACGGCGACGCCGAUGUGGACAGUGCCACCGCUCACGUCCCUCUGCUGGCGGCGGUCAAGGCCGACAACGCGGCGGCGGUCGGCAUGUUGCUCGAGGCCGGCGCGUCGAUAUACCACCCGGUCGUGUGCUCCCCGCUGCACUACGCCGUCUACAGCGGCGCGCCCAAGGCCAUGCUCGAGCGCAUGCUGCGACCCGGCGGAGGCGGCAGCCGCCACCCCUCCCGGAUCUUGGCGGGCUUCAACCCGCGCCCCGACGUGCGUCUGGGCUGGGGCUACAACUGGAACCUGCACUUUGAGAAGAGCACGCCGCUGAUCGAGGCCUGCGCGUCGGGCAACCUCGACGCCAUGGACGUGUUCUUGGCCUGGCGCGACCCUUCUACUGAAGAGCCUGUCCGUAUCAACCACCAAGUUGGUGAUGACCUCCUGUUGUGGGUCGCUGUGGAGAGUCUCUUCAAGCACGUGCUUCCGCCCGAGACCGCGCCCGACCCGGCCAAGCAGGCGUUGAGGAACGAGCGCCUGUGGGAGAUGCUGCGCACACUGCUCACCAUGGGCGCCGACCCCAACCUCCAGUUGGGCGGGCAAGUGCUGCUGGCGUGGGUCUUGCGGCAGCCGCUGUUUCUCCAGACCCAGGAAUUCGUUGAGAAGCUCGUCGGGCUCCUUAUGGAGCACAAGGCGUUGGCGGCCCAGCCGGAGAUGAAGUCGGGCGACUCCCCGAUGCACGUGGCCGCGCGCGAGGAGCGCCACCUCAACGCGAUGCGACGCCUGCUCCAGUCCGAUGUCAACAUCGACGUGCCGAACAAGCAGGGCCGCACGCCCGUCCACGAGGCGCUGCUCAAGGGCAAGCUCGAGAUGGCGGCCCUGCUCGAGACCCACGGAGCCGACAUGCAGCUGCCGGACGUCUACGGCGUGACGCCGGAGCAGCUCAAAGGGCGACAGCAGGCCGGCGUGGGCGACAGCAGGCCGGCGUUCGACAUCUUCAGCCUUCCGCCAGCGCCCGUCACGGCUCUUCCCGUCGCCGCCGCGGGCUCGGCGCGGUCCAGGGCCGGGUCCUUCUCAGCCGCAGCCAACAUUGCCGAUGACGGCGACGACGAGGCGUGGACCCGCGAGACCUUCAGCUUCGGCUUUGGCGAAGACCCUUCAUCCGCCACGACCGCCACCUUUGGCAGCAGCCCGACCUUCUCGCUGCACCUGGGCACCACGUCAACAUCAACGUCGGCGUCGAGUGGCACGACCGCGCCCGCGCCCGCGCCAACGUUUCCUUCUUCCGCUCCGCUCACCGUGCCGCCAUCGCUGUCGUCGUCGAGCUCGAGCGCGCCUGGAGGAGGAGUGGACGUGGGCAAGCUAUCGUUCACGCCGCCCUCGUUUGAAACGAUCGCCGCCAGCGUGGUGUCCAAGCAGAAGAACCACGACCAGACCACCAACAAGCCCAAAACCGGGAAGAAGGACGGUGAUGAUCCGAUCGAGGGCCUGGUCGCGCAGUUCAACUGGGAGGCCAUGGGCAUCAGCUCGAAGGACACAAAUCAUCGCCUCAACCUGAAGCGCGAGCCUCCCGAGAUCUGCCUCUUUCCGCCAGAGCCAGAGCCAGAGCCAGCGCCCGAGCUUGAGCCCGAGCCCGUGGUUAGGGGCCAGAUCAUGCAUGACCUCGAGACCUUCGGCUUCGCCUUCGGCAGCAGUAGCAGCCCCGCGAGCUUCAAGCUGGACGUUGGGCCGACCACGACCGCAAACGCGACGUCGUCGCCCGCUGCCGCCGCCGUUGUUGACCCAACGAACACGGCCGAGCCCGAACCCGAGGCCGUGAAGGCCGAGACCAACGACGGACCCGCGACCCACGAGACAUUCAGCUUCGGCUUCGCCUUGGGGGGCCAUGAAGACGGGACCUCUGCCAGCACCACGACCACCACCAGUAGCAGCCCUGCGAUGUUCGCGCUGGACAUUGGGCCGACGACCGCGACACCCGCCGCCACCGCCGGCGCCGCGCCGUUGUUCGCCGCCGCACCCGUUCCCUCCUCGGCGUCAAGCGCAAACGGAGGAGCCGAGCCGUUCAAGCUGUCGUUCACGCCGCCGUCGUUUGAAACGAUUCUCGCCAGCGCGCCCAAGAAGAGUGCCGAUACGAAAAAGCGGCCCAAGAAGAAGGACGAGGAGGGUGACCCGAUCGCGGACCUGACCAAGGCGUUCAACUGGGCGGCUCUGGGCAUCGCGCCCGACGACACAGCCUCCAAGCUGCAGCGCCGUUUGGCUUGGGGCGAGAAGAGCAAGAACGUGUAA